UAAACACUUUCCCGCAUUCCUUGCAAGUGAAUGGUUUCUCCCCAGUGUGGAUCUGAUGUGACGUGAAUUUCUUCUCACAUUCGGUACAGGGGAAAGGUUUCACCCCUGUGUGGGUUUUCUGGGGAGACUGGAGGCUACUAACCCUAAGGAACGUCUCCUACAUCAGCAGUAUCACACUGGCAAAGGGUUAAACUGGAGACACUUGGUUUUGAAUCCACAAAGAGACCCUUAAUUAAUCUGCCUUCUGAGACAAUUCAGAGUCGCACCAUUGGGGCAAGGAAGCCGGGCCAGUCCGUUCUUCUGAUCAGCUGAUUAAAUAGAAAGUAGUCUUGAGCCUAGAGCUGCGGGGGGGGGAGUUAUUAGAAAAUAUAUGGAUUAUAGGAAAGGAUCAAUAGAAAGGAUUCACAUCCCUAUGACUCACAUAUUGGUUAUAAGGAGGUCACAUGAUUCCAAACAGGACCAGUCUAUACCAGUUAGGAGGAGGUUGGACUGGAACAUUAGACACCCCCAUGUUUGGUAUCAGCCUGAUCCCCCACUUAUGGAUCAACCCAUUCCCCUAUUUGAAUUAUACUAGUGGCUAGUGGUUAGGGUUGCCACCUUUUUUACAACAUUUUCACCAGCCAGUGGUGGGGGUGGGAACAAAAGGGGUGGAGCCAUGGCGCACAAUGGGAGAAGGCAGCGAAAAUGGUAAAUUUUAAUUGGAUUGGGGGCGGGCCAAGAGGCUUUUUUAGGGGUAUUACAAAUUUACCAGCAGCUACAUUGGCAGUAAAUUAGUAAUAGUGGCCCAGGCCUUGGCAGGUGUUUUAAAAUACUGGCCGGGUGGCAACCCUAAUAGUGGCAAGUCCAAAUAUUCCAUUGCAGAAAACUGGCCUAAAACCCACAACCACCUACAGGGGUCGCUAAUCGUGACACUCCUCCUACUUGAUAAGGUAAAGAGGGAGGGACGGUGUCCCAGCAGGCCAUAAAUAGGUGGGGAGAUGUAACCAUGGAAACAUUGGGGACUUGCCUAUGUGCCCAGGAUUCCAAGUCUCGCCUCAAUAGGACACAAAGAAAUUCUAGACACGAGAUUGGGGACCCCAAACAUUGCAAACUUCACUUGGUACAAUUUCUGACCCUAGAAGAGAAGCGGUAGAGGCGAAUGCGUUGGAUAAAGUCACGGAGCAGUUGCACAUUCUUUGCUUUACGGAAAAUUCACAAAUUAUCUUUUAACAAAAUUGUCUCAAAACCCCACACAAAUCCAUGGGUGUUCCAGAUCCCCAGGGAAAAGUUCACUUAGCGGGAAAAAAACACAAGUGCCCAGAUUGCGGGAAAAGAUUCUCGGCAAAGAGCACUUUUAAUUCUCACAAGAAAUCUCACAAGGUGGGGAAACCAUUCACCUGCUCAGAAUGUGGAAAAAGUUUCACGGCAAAGGGUGAACUUACACGACACCUGAGAAUUCACACAGGGGAAAGGCCAUACACAUGUACAGAGUGUGGGAAAAGUUUUAAACUAAAUGAAGCCCUUCAAAAACACAAGAGAAUUCACACAGGAGAGAAACCUUAUGCGUGUACAGAAUGUGGGAAAAGAUUUUCUAUGAAGGCGGCUCUUCUCCUACACCAGUCUAUUCAUACAGGAGCAAAACCAUUCAUGUGUACGGAAUGUGGAAAAUGCUUCUCCCAAAGGGCCGGGCUUCAGAGACACAACCAAAUUCACACAGGGGAGAAAUGGUUUUCUUGCGCUGAAUGUGGGAGACGUUUUAAUGAUAAAGGCGCUCUUCAAAAACACCAGACUAUUCACACAGGGGAGAAACCAUUCACAUGUCCAGAAUGUGGGAAAAGCUUCUCUCUUAGACAAAACCUUCAGAGACACACGCUCACUCACACAAGUGAAAAAGCUUUUACCUGUACAGAUUGCAAGAAAAGUUUCUCUACAAAGGGCCACCUUCAGAGACACCAGGAGACACACAAGGGGGAGAAACCAUUCACAUGUACCGAAUGUGGGAAACAUUUCUCUACUAAGGAAUCUCUUCAGAUACACAACAAAAUUCAUACAGGGGAGAAGCCCUUCUCAUGUGCAGAGUGCAGCAAAUGUUUCACUACAAAGGCCGAGCUGCUGUCACACCAGAGAAGACACACAAGGGAGAAACCCUACUCGUGUAAAGAAUGUCUGCAAUGUUUUACUUCAAGAAGCCAUGUCAGCCAACACCAGAAAACUCACACAGGAGAGAAACCUUUCACUUGUACAGAAUGUGGCAAAUGUUUUUCUUUGAAGAGCAACCUUACCAGACACGAGGCAAGUCACACAGGAGAGAAACCUUUCCUAUGUACGGAAUGUGGCAAAUGUUUCUCUUUAAAGGCCAGCCUUCACUCACAUUACCUAAUGCACACAGGGGAGAAACCCUUCACAUGUACAGAGUGUGGGAAAGCAUUCUCUUAUAUGACGAGUCUUGUCAGACACCAGGUUCUUCAUACCGGUGAGAAGCCUUUUAUUUGUACGGAGUGUGGGAAAAGCUUCCCGCUGAAAGGUACCCUUCAACGACACCAAAAAAUCCACACACGGGAAUAAUCUUUCACAAGCACAAUAUGAUGGAACAAAGUGACCCUUCAUUAGAGAAUUCACACAGAACAGGAACCUUUCUCUGGUACAGAUGAAGCUUCUCCAGCCGUAGCUUUAUUCUUCCCACCAAAUCAUUCAUUGAACGGAUAAGAUGUAAUGACUUGUUUCUCCUCUAGACUUUCCCAUAUCAACAUCUGGCAGUUGCACCAAAGGAACCAUCACUCCAACAAGCAUCCACGUUGGGUUCUUCUCUGUUGAUAGAUAAAUCAUGCCGCCAAUCCCAGGCAUAAUGUGAUUACUUUCUAGAUAAUGUUUUGUUUCAAUAAAUGUGUAUUUUAUA